CUGAGUGGCUGAGCUCGGCUCUGACAUCAUACAGCCCAGUCGUUGAUUUGGCUCUGUCUCCGAGGCUUCGGAGUGAGAGUCUCAACCCAACCAUGGGCUCUGGCACUUAGGCAGCCCGGCACAGACAGAGCGAGCUAGCGCUGCGAAGAGAGGAAGAAAGAAAGGAAGAAAGAAAGAAAGGGCGGAAGAAGGGGGCUGUCUCGGACAAUUCUCCGAGCAGCAACUUUCACAGCCAAUGCAGCCUCUGGUACUAUGGAAACUAAACCCCUGACCAAUGGAAAUAAUGGUGGCUACAAUGUGGCAGGAAGCUAGAGGUAGCCUCACCUCUGACGGCAGCCCUGAAGUCACCUGGCCCAUCUGUUAGGAAACUCACACAGCAGGUCACUGAGGGGCAUGAGAGCCUUGUCGGAGGCCAGCGCUGUUGCUUGCCGGACCCAGUGCUGGUGACGGGGACAUGGGCCUCUUCCUCAGGGCUUCCAGCACGACCCAGCUCCACACAAGCCAGAGCCUCAGCCACCAACUGGUCCAGCACCACCCAGACACCAACAGCAACAGCACGCAGAGGGACCCCGCCUCAGUGGGUCUCGCCCUUCUCUUCGGCGCAACCACUGACCUGCAGGCCAAGCACCGCAGCCGGUCUCGAGCUCUUGGUAGACGAAGCUCCAAGUAGCCUUCUCUAAUGAGGAUGUCUGAUACUGUCACUGUAAAGGAGACUAGCGCCACUAUGAGAGGUGUGGAGACGGAGGAGAGCCACCAUGCCAGUGCCACACCGACACCAGCGGGGGGAGAAGAACCAAGCCCGACCAAGACAAACGUCAGGGAGCAGGCAGAGACCCAGCCACAGGCCAAAGCUCAAACCCAGCUCCAACCCGAGAUUCAACCAGAGAGCUGCUGCCAAGACAAGAACGAAACUCAGCGGCAAACACCGGGACAGAUGGGAAAAAGGCCCAAGUCUAACUCAAAGUUAAAGUUAGUUCGGAGCCUGGCUGUUUGCGAAGAGUCCUCUCCUCCUCCCCCUAUUACCACUGAUCUGCCUCGAGAACACAAGGAGGAAGUUGAGAUCCAGGUCUCCCAGUCAUUUGACAAAGAGGAGGUGCCACCCAUCAAGGAUGAGGAGGACAAAGGUGUGGAGAAGCUGCUAGAAAAGACUGAGAGGAUGCCCAGGAAGAUGCUGUCCAGAGAUUCCAGUCAGGAGUACACAGACUCUACCGGGAUCGAUAUCCAUGAAUUCUUAGUAAACACAUUGAAAAACAACCCCAGGGACAGAAUGAUGCUGCUGAAGUUGGAACAGGACAUUCUCGACUUUAUCAGUAAUAACGAAAGCCAGAAGAGAAAGUUCCCUCCAAUGACCUCCUACCACAGAAUGCUGCUGCACCGCGUCGCUGCCUACUUUGGCCUAGACCACAACGUCGACCAAACCGGGAAAUCUGUAAUCAUCAACAAAACUAGCAAUACAAGAAUCCCUGAUCAAAAGUUUUCAGAACACAUCAAAGAUGACAAAACUGACGACUUCCAAAAGCGSUACAUUCUCAAAAGGGACAACUCCGGCUCAGACAAAGAUGAAAACAUGAUGCGGAUGCGGCUGAAGGACGACCGGAGGAGUAAGUCUAUAGAGGAACGAGAGGAGGAGUACCAGAGGGCCAGAGACAGGAUAUUUGCUCAAGAUGGUCCAGAUGGCUUUGCUCUUGAAAAAAGGAUACAGGAGGAUGAUGCUUGUAACAGCACACAGCAAAGGCGGCAAAUGUUUAGGUUAAAAGAUGGCCGCCCGGCCAACAGUCGCCAGAGCAGCUCUGAGAACGAACCCAAGUACUCUGACCCUCGGCCGUGGAGCAGCACAGACUCUGACAGCUCCAACCGUAACCUGAGGCCAGCCAUGACCAAGGCAAGCAGCUUCAGCGGCAUCUCUGUCCUCAUCAGGGGAGACAGCUCGGGCAGCAGCAAGAGCAUGGGUCGCCUCUCUAAGACUGGUUCCCUAGAGUCUUCUAGUAGUGUAGGGUCCUCCACGGGUUCGCUCUCUCGCUCCCAGCUGCCCCUCACCGUCCCAGCUCUAACCCAGGCUGGCCACCCUCACAACCACGCCGCGCCCCCCUGCCCAGUGGCUUACCCAGCCACCUGCACUAGUAGUACUGUGACUUAUGAGGCGGGAGGCAGGAGCGGCCCGGUGCCGCCACCACCAGCAAAUACAGCUAACACUAGCUACUAUUUGCUUCCCCUGGAAGCCACAGGGAUACCGCCAGGGAGUAUCCUGGUCAACCCACACACAGGCCAGCCCUUUGUGAACCCGGAUGGCAGUGCUGUGGUGUACAACCCCAACCACAGCAUGGCUCCUCAGCAUCAACAUCAUCAGCAUCAUAAUCAGCAGGGCAGGACCCAGCAGCCCAUGCUCCCUCCUCCACACCCUCCUGGCCGCCACCAACACCAGCCCACCAAUCACAACCACGUCCUCUCACAGUCUGUUCUAUCGCUUCCUCAGCCGGUCCGGCCCCUCCAGCCUUCUCCUCAGCCUGUCCAGUACUCAUCUGUCUCUUACCCACCUCAGCUGCUCUCCGUCUCCCCUAACCAACAAUACACUGUGCAAAACAACCUGGGAGCCCACUUCAGCCACAUGAGCUUGACCCGGCAGGCCUCUGGGGAGGGCCCAGGUCGGGACACCCACAUUGCCAUGUACCCCUCCUCCGUCGUGCUCCAGACCCCCCCGCAGCAGCAGGGCUACAUGGUGGCCCCUCCAGUCCAGCCCGUCCCUGCCCCCCAGGCCUACAACACCCCCGCCCCUCCGCCUGUCAACCAGCCGGUCAUGCAGCAACAGGGCUACAUGCAGCAGCCCAUGCAGCAGAUGUCAGCAUGUUACUGUGCACCAGGCCAGUACCCCCUGUCCAACCAGCAGUACAGGCCUGUGGGCACAGUGCAGUACAGCGCCCCACAGAGUCAGCCAAUGCCCCCGCCCACACAACAGACAGGUUACCAAACUGUGAUGCCAAAUCAACCACAGAGCUAUCAGAGUAUGAUUGGAGUGCCACAGAGUCAGAACACUGUCAGUGGCCUGCAUAGCAAUAUGGGAAAUCAGAUGCAAGGCAUGAUGGUCCAGUAUCCCUCCAUGCCAUCUUAUCAGGUAUCCAUGCAGCCCCAAGGCUCACAGGGUGUGCCACAGCAGACAUACCAGCAGCCUAUCAUCAUCCCCAACCACAACCAGUCCAACCAGGGGCCCAUGCCUGGCUCUGGUGUCCAGGUCUACUACAGUGUUAUCACACCCAAUCAACAGAACACCAUUAGCUCCUCUGUUGGGUUCUUGCCGCCUCCUGGAUCAGAGCAGAUGCAGUUCCCUCGGCCGUCCUCCCCCUGCAGCUCCCAGCAGCCCCUCCAUCAGGCACAGCAGUGCUCAGGCGUUCCCCCUCCCCCAGGCGGUGGGAUGGUGAUGAUGCAGCUGACGUUGCCCCCCGGCCAGCAACCACGGCCUCACUCGCCCCCGCAGUGGAAACACAGCAAGUACUACAGUCUGGACCACACGAGAGGACAGAAAUCCACAGAGCUCUCCACCCUAGACACCUCACAGAGCAUUCCCCAGCUGGGCAGUCCCUCAACUUCCCCCGCCCAGUCGCCAACUCCCUCCCACCCACACCACCUAACCAAUGUGAAGAGCAUCCGUCCAGGCCUCGCCUCCGUACCCAUGAUGCCCCAGUUCUCCAGACCCUUUAUGCCAGGGCAAGGAGAUGCGCGGUACCCGUUACUAGGGCAGACCCUCCAGUACAACCCCCAGAUCCGUCCUCCUCUACACGCUCCACCCAUGGUCCCCAACCAUCAGGUACCCAUGGGGAUGCGGCACAGCGGUGGAGGGGGCAGAGGGAGGAAGCAGACAAGGAAAGCUCUGUCUACAGAUCUCAGUGUAGGUGAUCCAGUGAGUGGGCAUGUCCUGGAGGUGACUGGCCUGCCGGGAGAGAUCAGCAGGACCGAGGCGGACUCUCUGCUGGGUGAGCUCUCCAGAGCCGGGGCUGUAGUCGGAUGGCUCCCAGAGCACCACAGCCUCCGAGAUUGGCAGUCGGGGGGCUAACGGUGACCCCCACCCAAGCCCUUGCUGACCCAGCCUUCGUCUACACCAUCCUGGCCAUGUUCCCCUCCGGAUACACUGCGCAGGACGCCCUCCUCCACCACAAUGGCCCCCAAGCCUCCUUCAGACUCACUAUGAGCAGGGGCCACAGACACCCCCUGGAGAGGGCCAGCUCCCAGUCGAGGGCGCUAAGGACCCCUGGCUUGACCUUUCACCCCUCACCAGCACCGCCAGUCACUUCCUGUUGCCAUCACUCCCCCCAGCCCCAAUCAUUAAGUUGGCUUGUUGUAAAGGGUUGUUUUUCCACUAGAGACUUGCUUCGGGGGAAUGUGUUGUAUUUUGUAAUGUUCUUACUAACGAUUUGAUGAAAAAGAGCGAAACGUAACACUGAUCCAACGUGUACCAACAUUUAAAAACCAUGAUUAUUGAAGUUCCAAAUAUUAUAAACCCGUCUGCUCUCUGUUUUGAGAACCAGCCGGAACAUAUCAAAAGGGCAGUCUGUAUUUUUGUUUUAUUUUUUAAUUUGUUUUAUAGUUGUUAAUCUUGAGUCAGACCCAAAGCUCAUUAUUAUUCCCCCAGCCCAGUUGCAGUGUCUGUCCUGGAUCCGUUUAACACAACCAAAGCCUCCCCACACCCCAGGGUAGCUGAUUAUCGGCCACCCUGCCACCAGCCCCAUAUUGUGGCCAGUACAUCAUGGAGUCGCCCUUAGCUACACAAUGGGUCUCUUGUGCCUUUCUCUUGAGAGUCUACUGAUUUAUUCUCCAAGAAACACAAAAUGACACCCCAGUCAGUCUAUUGUUAAAUGAAAAGACCUGCACCUUGUAAAUAAUUUAUAUAGGAUUGGUAACUAAAUAUCUCAAUCACUUGUCAUUUCACAGUGAAUGUUCUGUAUGUGUUGGUCACAGGCGGGCACAGAUGAGUGCAGCAAAGAAAGGCUUUUGUUUGACACGCCUAGUUUUUAACUUAAUUUAAAAGUCGAGAUAAAAAUGACACUCCUCCACUGCAACUACAUAUUUUAGCAAUCCUCUGCUUGGAUGGCCUCUCUCCACCACUGUUCUCCCUCUUUCUCCUCUCCUCCUACAAGGCCAAUGGUUUAAAAUCUUUCAUUAGGUCUUUUUAAAUUAUAUACCUACUGGGUCACUGGG